AUGGUUCGAGCUGCUGCAAAUGAGCUCAGAUCUCUUGCCAAGAACCAGGAUACGCCGCCGGUGGCCCAGUCGGUUGAACCUCCCCUACUACCCCCCAUCCACACCAUUCCUGCCGAGAUCCUCGCCGUUGUCUUCCAACACGCUGCAAUAUGGCCACCAAAAAGUGAAGAAGACUAUCUUAUUGACUACCCGCGCAUGGUCAACCGCCUGCAAUUGUGUGCAGUGUGCCGCCGAUGGCGCGCUGUCACGCUCAGCAUGGCAUCGCUGUGGUCAACCAUCGAAACAUAUCGCUUCGACAACGAAGGCCGCAUUGACCCCUCGGUGUCGGAACACGCUCAACGCAUUCGCCAUCUGGUCAUCAUGGGACGGUGGGACCCGGAGUCACACAUGAAGGCCGUGGAUUUCGAUCUUCCCAAUCUCGAAGAAAUCACCGUCAUCGGAAACGUCGCACGGCUGUAUAGAUUUCCACACAGAGACGGAGGCAGCGAUAUGUUCCCUAAUGCUCUCCAAAACCUUCGCAUGGUUGUGCUCAGCAACAUCACAUUCUUUCCUUCUCUUCCGUACAGAUCCAUCACACAUCUAUCCCUGUCGAGCACGUACAAAGUCUUCGCUCGGUCCCUCUUAGACAUCCUCGAUGCCUGCAGCCUUACACUGAGGAGUCUAGCCUUUUAUAGCGUCCAUCUGCACAACCGCAGGGGGCAGCUGUACACCGUACGACUCCCCCGCCUCCAAUACGUCUUCAUUUAUGGUGACAGGUUUCCCUGGCUCCCCAUCCCUAAGCUCCACCUUCCCUCAUCGGCAGCCAUGCAUGUCGUCACCACAGACAGCGUUUCAUUGCGAGUCCCUUCCAUGUACACCCCACAUGUACACUGGACAACACUCGAGCUAGACUUCAGCCCCUUAAAGGUCACCGUCCUCCUCGCUGGGGCCCUGGAGGCCCACGCGCAGCUCUCCUUCCGGUACUUCUACAGUCGCUACUUCAACAAGUCCGAGGAUUUCUGGGACGUGCUGCAGAGGCUCAAGGAGUUCAUCCCCUGGAAACAACUCGUCGCGGUCACACUGCGCGCCGCCGCGCGCGUCCAUACGGCGGUGACCUUCGUCGCGAACUGCCUCGCUCUCGCGCGCGGCGGCAAGAUUGCGUCGCUGCGCGUGAUCGUGAAGCGGCCCGGUGUAGGGCCCUGCCCUAUGUUUUCGCGUUUGGAGCUAGUUUAG